UCGAAUUAGAGCCUCGAUAUAUAGAUCGUCGACCUCCACUACGAAUCGCCGCGUACGUACCUGCAUGCCGGCGGCUAUGGCGAUCGAACGGACGGAGGGGGAGGUUAAGGCAGCGCGGGAGGCGGUGAUGCUGCCUCUGAGCAUGGUCAUCGUGCAGCUGAUCGUCGUCGGGAUGCUUGUUCUGUCCAAGAUGGCUCUCGCCGAAGGCAUGAGCCCCUUUGUCAUCAUCGUCUACAGAAACCUCAUCGCCGCUGCCGCUGUCCUGCCACUCGCCAUCAUUUUUGAGAGGGAAUUGUGGAAAAAGGUGAACUGGGCUGUUGGGGGCUGGAUUUUUGCAAAUGCUGCAUUCGGAGACGUUAUGGCGAUGGGGUUCUACUUCUACGGGUUGCAAAUUACUAGCGCCACGUACUCCUCCAUCUUCCUUAACCUGAUCCCUAUUGCCACCUUCAUGAUUGCCGUACUGAUACGGGCUGAGAAGCUGACGUGGGGAAAGUGGCCUGGCAAGAUGAUGCUGAUGGGCGCGCUGCUGUGUGUGGGCGGGACUAUGAUGGUGAGCCUAUUGAAAGGCAGGCUGCUGCAUCUAUGGCCUGAGAACCUGCUUAAAUUCCAUGCCGGGGCACCAGCGGAUCCCGCCAGCACUCACCAUAACAUGGUCGUCGGUACGCUUUGGUUGUUGGGCAGCUGCCUGAGCUACGCCCUAUACUUCAUCGUGCAGGCAAAACUUGUGAAGGUGUUCCCAUCAACAUAUUGGAUGACGAUGCUGACCUCCCUAGUGGGAAGCUUCCAAUCGUUAGUGGUGGGAGUCUUCCUCGUCCAUGAUAGAGCAGAAUGGAGGCUCAAGUGGGACCUUCAGCUCCUCACAGUCGUCUACUCGGGCGUGUUCAACACGGGCAUUGCAUUCUUGCUUAUCUCGUGGGUGAUCAAACGGAGUGGACCGAUCUACCCUCCAAUGUUCAAUUCCGUGUCCUUGAUCCUCACCACAAUCUUCGACUCAAUGCUACUCGGCACCGACAUCUACCUUGGGAGUGUGUUGGGGACUGUGCUAAUUGUGGUGGGGCUGUAUGCAUUCCUCUGGGGCAAAGGCAAGGAGCUGAAGCUCGCUGCUGGUGCGGCGGCUGCACAGAGGCAGGAGCAGCAAGAUGCAGUAUGACGGGCCAGCCGGCUUGCUAGAUUGAGUUUUGGAUAUUAAUUUCUGAUCAUAUAAUCCAGUUUGUUUGUUUUUCAAAGUAAAAGGUGGGCAAACAUUAAUUGCCAAUAUCAUAACUAGUUGUCCAUUUUUAGGUAAACAUCUUAUGAAUGUCGACUGAAGUAUACUUGUUC